AUGGCAUCUACCAAGAAAGCGGAAAGGCCUCCUUUUGACGAACUACCCCUCGAUAAGGAUGGUCCGCCGGGCAAUGCCUGGGGUCUUUAUGGGCCCAACGAUGAGCUCGGAGCCUUGAACAUGCUGACGCCAGAGACUGUUGUCGCGGCUGCGCAGGAGAUCAAGACGGGCGAACGGGUAUCGCUGGACUGGCAUCUGAACAAGCCUUCACGGCCCAGUUUCGAUAGGCCGCCUUUCGAAGUGAAGCUGCGGAACAACCCCGGACGAGCAAUCAACGAUGAUGAGCUGCAUUUCAACACCCAGUGUAGCACACAGUGGGAUGGUUUCCGGCAUUUUGGCUUCCAAGGCGUGAAGCGGUUUUACGGAAAUCGCACUCAGGAUGACGUUGACAAUACUGACGUUCUUGGAAUUGAUGUUUGGGCGGAGAACGGCGGCGUUGUUGGUAGAGGUGCUCUGUUAGACUAUGUAUCGUUCUGCAACCGCCAUUCCAUUACCGUCGACCCCUUCAGCAGCAGUUCUAUACCCCUAGAGCACAUUAAACAGAUGGUCUUGGAACAGGACAUUACCUUCCAAGCAGGAGACAUCCUCGUGCUACGGGUUGGAUUCACUGCGGCAUACAAUGCACUCGACCCUAUUAAGCAAGAUGCCUUGGCACAGCGUCCAACGCCUGACUUCUUGGGAGUGGAGCCGACAUCAGAUAUGCUGCGGUGGCUCUGGGACAGUGGCUUCGCAGCUGUUGUUAGCGACUCUCCGAGCUUUGAGCGGGCACCAGUGGAAGGUCUCUGGACCGGCGCGGAGAUAGAGGAUCACAUCGACGGUGGUGGUCUGCUACACCAGGUGCUGAUAGGUGGCUGGGGUAUGCCCAUCGGGGAGAUGUUUGACUUGGAGAAACUAAGUGAGACUUGUCAGAGGCUCAACAGAUGGCAUUUCUUCAUGUCAAGCGUGCCACUGAAGGUCCCAGGUGGUGUCGCGAGCCCUCCGAACGCGGUUGCAAUCUUUUAG